CGAAUUGUUAUUAAGUGUUUUGCUCAAAUACUAACGUACAUUGUCUUUAAAAAGGUACUUUACAAGAAAUAACGAGAAAUAUGGGUGAUAGAAUAGCAGAAAUCUUUAAUUCUUUUCAGACUUACUUAGUCAACGAAGAAGUAUCGCGUGAGGUUAAUAUACAUUAACCCUUUUUUGUUUUCUACCAUUGUAAAUUUUUUGAAGUAACAAAUUUUAAUAUUAAUUAAGGACAUACUAUGUAUAAAAAGUGAUUAAAAUUCUUUUCAUGCUAAAGGAAAUCCGUGCUAUUGUAAGAGAACUUGAAAAGAACUCCAGGGACAUUUUGAUGAUAUUGCAAAACAUACAUAAUGAAGAUAACUUUAAAGAAAACUUAAUUGUAUCUGAAUAUUGUGCAACGUCAAGGGCAUUGUUUGAAGAUGUACGUAAGAACUAUGCAAAACUUGCAGAUGUCGUGCCAAAAAAUCAGUAUUACAAAUAUCAUGAUCAAUGGCGUUUUGUCACACAAAAAUUAUGUUUCUUAGCAUCCUUAAUAAUAUAUUUAGAAAUUAAAGUUCUACUAAGCAAAGACACUGCUGCAGAAAUGUUAGGAGUUAGUAAUGAUAGAGAGGAUGGUUUCCAUUUGGACUUAGAAGACUACCUAAUGGGACUAUUACAAUUGUCUGCAGAAUUGAGUCGUUUUGCUGUAAAUAGUGUCACUAGUGGUAAUUAUAAUCGACCUAUAGAAAUAGCACGAUUUAUAAAUGAUCUAAGUGCAGGCUUUAGACUCUUAAAUUUGAAAAAUGAUUCUCUAAGAAAACGUUUUGAUGGCUUAAAAUAUACGGUUAAAAAGGUAGAAGAAGUGGUUUAUGAUCUCAGUAUACGAGGUUUGAAACCAAGUUCAGCUAUUGAAGAUACAAAGUAAUUAUUUUUAAAAAAUAUUUUAUGUAAGUAAUAUACUGUCAUACUGUCAUAAUAAAUUAUUGGAGCAGCUA